CACAUUGGAAGGAGCAUAGUUAAUUGCUUUCUCUCGCUUUCCCCCCAAUUCAAUACUCUGCUCUCUUCCUCCAUCAAACGCAGAGACCCGAAAAAUCUCUGUUUGCGUCUCAGAAAAGCAAACUCUUCUUGUCAGAGCAAUCAACUUCACAGCCCUAAAAAUCAAAAGUGAGAAAUUGAGUUGGGGGAAACUGGUAACAGAUGAAGAAAAUGCGUAUUGAAGGAAGGGAUUUGGUCGAUCUCGUGCUCUCCUGGUCUCUUGAUGAAGUACUCGAUGUGGAUCUUUAUAAAGGACAGGUAGGGAGGAUUCCUAUGGAGUUUGAAUCAACCACAGACUACUUCAAGUCGUUUAUCCCUGCGCUUAUCGAAGAAACUCAUGCCGCUUUACUCUCGAGUAUGAAGACAUUGUGGCGAUCCCCUGUGGUUGAGAUAAGCCACAUUAUGCCAACAGCGGAAUUCGAGCUUCCUAAGGACUUGUUCUAUAAAGUGCGUUUGAGUGGAAUGAACACUGAUGAGCCUAGUAAGCAACUGAUACCGAAAGAUCUCAUCGCGCUGACAGAUCAAAGGCCGAAUCGUGUUGAUGGCUUCAACGUUUCCACUGAGCCUUAUAUAGUAGCUAUGGUGUGCAAGGCGGAUCCGGAUAGGCCUAAUGAUGUAAUUAUCUUGGCUUCGAAACCCCUUUUUCUUGAGGAUGUUCAAAGGAAGAAGAAUGAUGAGAAGAAAGAAAGCCUUUUCGGCAUUUAUAUGACCAAUAUCACCACUAAUGUUCGGAUAUGGAAUUCAAUGAAUCUUGGUUUAGAAGGUGGGAACUUGAGUCUCAUCUCAAGAGUCCUUCAAAGAAACAGUGAGAGUGAGAAUGAAGGAGUUUGCAUUCCCUGUAGACUUGAACAAAGUGAUGGUCUUGUCCCUAGUCGUUUCUUGAAGCUGAAUCCUUCACAAGAAGAUGCAAUACUGAGUUGUUUGGAUGUUAGAAGAUGCCACCACGAGAAUACAAUCAAACUGAUUUGGGGACCACCAGGGACAGGGAAGACGAAGACAACGAGUGUGAUGUUGUUCACACUUCUUAAUGCAAAAUGUAGAACCUUGACAUGUGGUCCAACGAAUGUUUCUGUUCUCGAAGUGGCGUCAAGAGUUGUUCAACUAGUCUCUAGAUCGUUGAAGAUUGGUAACUACGGUCUUGGAGAUGUGGUUGUGUUUGGGAAUGGUGAGAGAAUGAAGAUCAAAGAUAGGAGAGAUCUUAUUGACUUUUUCAUUGAUGAGCGCGUUGAUAAGCUUUACCCAUGUUUCAUGCCUUUUUACGGAUGGAAAGCUAGUAUUGACUCCAUGAUACGUUUACUCGAGGACCCGCAAGGACAGUAUCAUCAGUACUUGGAGAAGCUGGCGCGGGAUAACAAUGUGAGAAGCAAAGAAAGUACUGAUUCAGUUUUCAAACGCAAAGGAAAUGACCACAAGAAGACGAAUCAAAACGAAAGCAGAGCGGAACAAGUUGUUUCUAACUCUCAGGAUCAAGAAAAACGUCCUAAAUCGUUUCAAGAAUAUCUACCAAAGAGAUUCAGUGCGCUUAGGGAUGAUCUUGAGCUUGCUUUCUCAAGUUUAUGCACACAUUUGCCUACUGCUUUGCUUUCAUCUCAAGCUGCAAAACGUAUGUACGAAACUAUUGACCUUGUUGGAGAUGCUACCAUUUCAGCUAUACCAGAUUGUGUGAGUGGUGAAGGACUAAAAUCAAUACUCACUGUUAAUAGAGAAGGAAGUAGACAAAGUGUGACAGUAGAAGAUCGCUAUCUAAAGCUGUUAAGACUCAUCCCUGAGAUUUUCACACUUCCAAAUGUAGCUGAUAGGCAUCUUAUUAAAGAACUCUGCUUUGGGCACGCUUGUCUGCUUUUCUCUACAGCAUCAUGCUCUGCGAGGUUAUACACCGGAACACCGAUACAGCUUGUUGUGAUCGACGAAGCUGCUCAGUUAAAAGAAUGUGAAACAGCCAUUCCUCUGCUGCUUCCAGGAAUCCAGCAUUCAAUUUUGAUUGGGGAUGAGAAGCAACUUCCUGCAAUGGUCGAUAGCCAGAUUGCUCUAGAGGCAGGAUUUGGGAGAAGUCUAUUCGAAAGAUUGUCCAUUCUUGAACAUAAGAAAUACUUGCUGAACAUCCAAUACCGGAUGCAUCCGUCUAUAAGUAUCUUCACAAACAAAGAGUUCUAUGGAAUGAUGAUUAAAGAUGCUCCAACGGUUAGACAAAGAAACUACACCAAACAGUAUCUUCCUGGCAAAAUAUAUGAACCUUACUCUUUCAUCAACAUAGCAUAUGGAGAUGAACAAUGUGGGGAAGGGCGUAGUCUGAAAAACAACGUUGAGGUUGCUGUUGUUUUGGAUAUAAUAGCCAAUCUUCUCCAAGUGUCUGAGAGGACAAAGACACGCAUAAACGUUGGUGUGAUCUCUCCUUAUAAGGCUCAAGUAUUUGCAAUCCAAGAAAAGAUUCAAGAAACAUGUAGUGGUGAUGCAGGAGGUCUCUUCUCGCUGAAAGUUCGUUCUGUGGAUGGGUUUCAAGGUGGUGAAGAGGAUAUUAUAAUAGUUUCAACUGUAAGAUCCAAUGGUAUAGGAAGGGUUGGGUUUCUUGCAGACCGGCGAAGAACAAAUGUAUUACUCACUCGAGCAAGGUUCUGCUCAUGGAUACUUGGAAAUGAGGCAACUAUGAUGAAUAGCAAGUCUGUGUGGAGGAAUCUGAUACAAGACGCAGAGAAACGUGGCUAUUUCUAUAACGCUGAAGAAGAUGAGUCAUUAGCUCAGGCUAUUGCUAUCGCCAAAAUCGAUUUUAUCCAACUUGACAAGCCAUUGAACAGCUCAAAAUGGAAGCUGCUAAAACAAAGCAAGAUCGAUGAUGGUCUAAGGCUCAUUUGGGCUGUAGACAUUCUUAAAGAAGAGUUCCACUAUGUCCAAGUUCUCAAGAUUUGGGAUGUUGUGACAUCAUCUGAUGCUCCUGAAGCUGUAAAACGUCUAGACUUUAGCCAGAUGAAAUAUUCAAGAGACGAGAUCGAAAAGCGCAUAGCCCAAUGUUUCAGAGGGGAUAUAAUUGAACCCCUAAGAUGGUCUGUUGAGUCCACAAAUGGUAGCCCCAUGUCGGUGGUUCGAUCGACGUUUGGAUCACUCAACACGUUGUCUUCUGAACCAUCCAAUGAGUCUAUGGAACUUCUUGAAGAUGAAAAGGAAGAGAGGGAUAUCGAAAUAGACCGAUUAAGUGAUCUUCUUACCUCUAAACUUGCUCUAUGACAUGGUUUCCUCCUAUAAGGACCAAAUAUGCACGCCUUGGUGUUUUUUUGUCGAAUACAAUUUUAGAUAUUCUCAUCUGUACAAAUUCUUUUUGUUGUAAAUCCUAACAGAGAUUUACAUAGAGAAUGGCGGGUUCUGUAUCAGUUUGACUUAAGUAAAAAUGUUUAACGACGAAAUUAGUUCUUAGAUUCUGUUUUACAAGUUUGUUUUUAGUUUGAUAAGAGUACGAAAGAGAAGAAAAGAGCAAGCAGAAAACCAAUAAUUC